AUGUCCACCACCGCUGUGAGGUCGCUCUACCGGCGGUCACUGAAGCUGGCACUGGACUGGGCUGUCCACCGCCAGGUGUGGCGGGGGCAGGCAGUCUACAUCCGGAGCCUUUUCGAGGCAAACAAGGACGUUCGCGAUCCCCGGCAGCAGCAGGUGCGCAGCGCCCCAUUGAAUGCUUUCUACGAACCACCUUCUGACUGGACGAAUGUGCAGGUUCUAUUGCGUGAGACCGAGAAGCUGCUGCAGAGCUGGAAGCACCCCGAUCCGUAUCGGGCCCCGACCGCCCCUGGUGGAAACAAAUGGGAGCGGAAUCUGCCGGCUCGAAUUCUACCAUAUGCCGAGAGCCCGGGGGCGCACUGA